GACAUUUUUGCACUUCGUAACCCGAAGCUUUUGUUCAAAACUUUCAUUUAUUUUUGACAAUAAUAUUACAUAAUAUUACAAUAAAUUACAUUAGUAAUAAAAAUAUUACUGAACAAUAUAAGAUAAUUGGAAGUGACUUUGUUCGUAAUUAAAAUCAAACAUGGCAAUACAAGAAUGGUCGAAGAAUUUAAAAAAACUAAUUGAAUGCCCAAUAUGUUAUGAAAUAAAAGGCCGAGUAUUUCUAUGUAAAUCUGGCCACAAUCUAUGUGAAACAUGCAUGUUGCGUAUUGAUAAAUGUCCAAUAUGCCAAAAUGGCUUUUCAUUGAUACGCAACUAUUGCGUAGAAAGCAUUUAUUCAACGUUUAAUGAUCUACAAAACGUUUUAGAUAAUAUUAAGAAGAACUUCAAGAAAGUUGAUUUGUCGAAAGAUAAAAAUUCAUGUUCAACUAAUUCAAAAAAUUUCGAUUCAUUUAUCGAACUUGGAACUGCAGUAAAUCGUUCUUGGGGUUUAUUUCCUUGUGUUGUUAAAGGAUGUAAAUUUAAUGGUUGUUUUAGUGACAUCGUUCACCAUUUUGAAACGAAACAUCCUAAUCAUUAUGAACGGAUUUUAGACAGUACAUUGCCUAUCACUAAGAGCUGGCAGAUAGCUUACAAAAACCAGCCAAAAUCAAUAUAUGAUUGUUUCUUUUUGAAAAAUGUAGGAUUCUUCGUUUUUCAUGUAAACAUUAGUCAAGAUGGUCAUUUAAGAGGAACUCUUCUCAUGUAUGCCUCGCGUUCUGUAGCAAAAAAAUUUUCUCACCGUUUUGAAGUUACGAACGGGAAAAAAAUAUGGAAGCUUAAGACAAGAAAGACAUCAACUUGUCGAACUCCAAUGAAUAUUGUGUAUGCAACUUGUUUAUCUAUUUCUCCCGAAGAGAUUUUAGAUAAUAACAAUCUUCAAGAUGUGCCUCUCACUUGCACUAUAUUUCUUAAACAAAAAAUUUUACGUUAA